AUGAGCACUGCUGUUAGUCUAGAAAUGGAGAAUUAUCAAGGUGAUUUAAACGACAUAGUUCAAGCCUCUGCUGCUCAACAAUCAGAUACGGUUCCAUGGAAGCAAUUCACCCCCGAUCCUCUGAGUUUUUCAUCGUCGGCGGCAGCCAUGGAAUAUCAUAGAGUAAACGAUUUCGGAGACCCUUUCUCCACCAUGAGAGAUCCAGUUCUUCUUCACGAGCUUAACGGUUCGGGUUCCAGCUAUUUUAGCAGCCCUAGUUCCACCAACGAUCAUCAUAUGAUUAAUAUCGAAGACACUUCAAGCUUUUCUACCGGUGGUCUUGAUGAAACCACGAGUCCUUGUAACAGUUUUUCUCGGGUUCACGUCUUCCAUGGUCAUAGCUCCAGUCCACAACCCGUGCCACCGCCGCCGCCGCCGAGUUAUCCACCGGUGAUGGGUGCUGCCGUUGUUUCCCCCAGAGGACAUAAGGCGCCUGCUGUGCUCCCAAGCGACAUGCUUAAUGUAAACCCCUCAAUCCCGGUGCAGAUCUCAUCUCUGCGGAAUCCCGGUAUCAAGAGAAAAAAGUGUCAGGCCAAGAAGGUGGUGUGUAUACCAGCACCGGCAGCUGCAAUCAGCCGGUCUAGUGGAGAAGUGGUUCCCUCUGACCUGUGGGCGUGGAGAAAAUAUGGCCAGAAACCUAUCAAAGGCUCCCCUUAUCCAAGGGGCUACUACAGAUGCAGCAGUUCCAAAGGCUGUUCAGCCAGGAAACAAGUGGAACGAAGCCGAACCGAUCCGAACAUGCUCGUGAUCAGCUACACGUCCGAGCACAAUCAUCCAUGGCCAACUCAAAGAAAUGCACUUGCAGGUUCAACAAGGUCUCAGCCAUCAAAAGCCAAUGCUACUAGUAGUGGUUCCAAGGUUGCUUCACCCAGUAAUUCUCAACCCCAAAACACAGCCAAAGAGACCAGCAGCAACAAUGACAAAAAGAGCACAUCAGUUAAAGAAGAAAUACCUGAAUUACCAAAAUCACAGCAGCAAACUGAGGAUCUUUUUGCAGAUUUGGAUGAACUAGAACUAGAUACGGACCCUUUUAACCUGUUGUUUGGUGGUGACAACGAAGAUGAAAUGCAAAACGAAAACCAUCCCAUUGACCCAUUCGGCCUGUUUGAUUACAACAACAACGCUUCGUUUUGA